GUGCGUGUCCUGCGCAUGCGCCGCGGCCGCAGCAGGGGGCGGUACCCGCACGCUGAUUGGGCGCGCGGCCCGUCGCUCUCCGCCGCGAGCGGCCACGCCCUGGCUAGCCGGAAGCCCGCGCGGCCCCCGCGCACGCGCACCGCGCCUCACUCGCCGCGCAGGGACGAGGCCAGGCGGCGCUGGCAGCCCCCGCGCACGGCGCCUCACCGCAGCCUGCUCCCGGCCGCCGCCCGUCCCGUGGCCAUGCUGCGGGUGUGUCACCGAGCGGGAGCCGCCGUGGCCGCACAGAGCAGUUGGUGUGGGAGAGCAUCACUGCGUCCGGCACAGCUGUACCGUGGCUAUGCCACCCACUCCGGAGAGUCUGGCGUGUCUGUGGGCAAGGUGGUCGGCGCGGGGCUGCUGCUGGUGGGCGGCGGCGUGGGCGGCACGGUGCUGUAUGCCAGCUAUGACCCGCGGUUUCGCGACAGUGUGGAGAAGGCCCUGCCCUAUUCCCAGAGGCUCUUCGAGGUGGCCCUCGGCCCUGCGGUCCCCAGCGCACCACAGGGUGCACCCAGGCCCAAGAGACCCGUGCAGCACGGGCCGCUGAAGAUCUCCUCUGUAGAAGAAGUAAUGAAAGAGUCUAAACAACCUGCUACCAAAUCCCAGACGAGUAAAACAGAAGCUGCUGCUCCUUCUGAGGACAAAGAAGCAGGCAAGGAAGCAGCACAGAUCAUCUCUGCCACAGGAGUGGCCAUGUCAGUGCCGGCACCGGGGAUAGAGCCUGAAGAAGGUAAAGAGCAGGAGGGUUCCCAUGCCAUAAAGGAACGGCCACCAGAAGAAGUUGCAGCCCGGCUAGCCCAGCAGGACAAAGAGGAGCAGGAGAAGGUAGCAGCCCUUGCAGCAACCCUAGAAGGAGCCCUGAGCACAACAGCUCGGAUCACCCUUCAGGCCAUCACUGCUCAGGAGGCUGCUGUGCAGGCAGUGAAUGCUCACUCCCAGAUACUGAAGGAGGCCAUGGACGAUUCUGAGGAUGCUGGGGAGAAGAAGUCAUCUCAGUGGCGCACGCUGGAGGAAGCCCUGAAGGAUCGCAGGAGAGCAGUGGAUGAGGCUGCUGAUGCCCUUCUGAAAGCCAAAGAGGAGCUGGAGAAGACAAAAGGGGUCAUCGAGAAUGCCAAGAAGUCUCAGCUGGCAGGAGCCAAGCCUCACAUUGCGGCUGCAGAAGAAAAUCUCCAUCACAUGCUUGAUGACUUGGACAAUGUUGUGAAGAAGGUGCAGGCAGCCCAGUCCGAGGCUAAGAUCGUGGCUCAGUACCAUGAGCUGGUGGCUAAGGCUCGAGAAGAGUUCCAGAGGGAGCUUGACAGCAUCACCCCUGAUGUGCAGCCUGGCUGGAAGGGGCUCAGGAUAACUGACCUAGCUGGGCAGCUGUCCACAGAUGACCUGAACUCGCUGAUCGCCCAUGCCCACCGCCGCAUCGAGCAGCUGAACCGGCUGCUGGCCGAGCAGCAGGUGCGGCAGCAGCAGCGUAUCGAAGCCGCCCUGCAGCAGCAGAAGCUGGAGGACAAGAAGGCCUUGGAGGCAGCUGUGGCCAAGGCCCUGCAGCACCACAAGAGCGAGAUUGACCUCGAGCAGGAGAAGAAGGUCGAGGAGGUCCGAGAGGUGAUGGAGAACGAGAUGCGGACACAGCUACGUCGGCAGGCAGCUGCUCACACAGACCACCUGAGGGACGUCCUCAAGAUCCAGGAGCAGGAACUGAAGGUGGAAUUCGAACAGAACCUCUCCGAGAAGCUGAGUGAGCAGGAACUGCAGUUCAGGCGCCUCACACAGGAGCAGCUCGACAACUUCACCCUGGACAUCAACACAGCCUAUGCCCGGCUGAAGGGCAUCGAGCAGGCAGUGGAGAGUCGUGCAGAGGCAGAGGAGGCAGCCAGGAAAGCUCAUCAGCUCUGGCUCUCCGUUGAAGCCCUCAAGUACUGCAUGAAGACAGCCUCCGGGGACAGCCCCACGGAGCCGCUGGGCAGUGCCGUGCAGGCCAUCAAGGCCAGCUGCAGCGACAAUGCCUUCACCGAGACGCUGACGGCAGCGCUGCCGCAGCAGUCGCUGACGCGGGGGGUGUACAGCGAGGAGGCGCUGCGGGCUCGCUUCCACGGCGUGCAGAAGCUGGCCAGGAGGGUGGCCAUGAUCGACGAGACCCGGAACAGCCUCUAUCAGUACUUCCUGUCCUACCUGCAGUCCCUGCUCGUCUUUCACCCGCAGCAGCUGAAGCCCCCUGCUGAGCUUAACCCAGCUGACCUCGACACCUUUAAGCUGCUGUCCUAUGCCUCCUACUGCAUCGAGCACGGGGACUUGGAGCUGGCAGCCAAGUUCGUCAACCAGCUGCGGGGGGAGUCCAGAAGAGUGGCACAGGACUGGCUGAGCGAGGCACGGGUGACCCUGGAAACCAAGCAGGUGGUGGAGAUCCUGACGGCCUAUGCCAGCGCCGUGGGGCUAGGCACAACGCAGGUGCAGUGAUCUGGGCCCACAGCCUGGGGGCCACUCAGCCCUCGGCCCUGCUUCCCCAGCGGCUGCAGCCCAGACUUCUGGCCGCAGUGGCUCAGAGCCGGAGUGUAGCCCUGGUGCCUUGCACUGCGUUUGAACUGCACCAGCUCUGUGUGCAUUGGGUGUGAGCUACCCUGGCAGCAGCUUCAGGAAGCUCCUCUGCAGGCUCUGUAAGAGUUCUGUCUGCCCAGGAGGCCUGCUGCGCCCCAACCAAAACGAUGUUUGUUUCCUGCCAUUAAUUUGCCACUUCAUCAGCUGAAUAAAACAAGACCUCAACCA